GGAAGUGACGUCGUCCAAGUAAACAGAAAUAGCAGAGACGAGGAGCAGUCGUUCACUGUCAACCAGCGGAUAGUCUACUCUUUUAAACACGACUCCCGUGUCCAGUCGUCUGUUUUUUUCCGUUCAUUAUGUCCAUGUUACUACCGGGCAGAGUUACUAUGACCUUUUUCGUGUUGUCUGUUGUUGGGCUGCUGCUUGUUAGCUUUGUUAGCCAGGGUAAAUGCCAAACAACUGCGCCGCCACCACCCCCAUGUUCCAUCAACAAGAACUGUGACAGCUGCGUUCCUCAUGCUAAGUGUCUCUGGUGUUUUGCCACCAACAACUGCACAGAUUACCCUGUGACCUGGCUGUUGCCCCCAGCAUCGCUGUGCCCGCUGUCUCAGGCCCGGUGGGGGGUGUGCUGGUUGAACUUUGAAGCGCUGAUCAUCGCCCUGGCAGUGGUGGCCGGAACCAUCCUGAUCGGCAUCAGCGUCUGCUGCUGCUGUUGCUGCUGCUGCAAAAGACGACGCUCAAGGCCUGACAGAGAUGAGGAGAGAUUUGCCAGGAGGAGAGAGGAGAUCAGACAGCGCGCUGAGGAACGUAAGGUGGAGAGGCAGUCAAAACACGAUGAGAUCCGGAGAAAGUAUGGCCUGAUGGGGGACUCGGACCACCCAUACAGCAAGUUUGAGAACGAGUGAAGCAGCUGAGCUGGAGGACUGAGCUGCUCUCAUGUUUUCACUUUUAGCUUGAAUUUCUGUCUCUUUGUCUCCUGAUGCUAACUCUGCAGACCACAGCUGGACACACCCACCUAGAUCCAGGCCCAGAUUCCACUUUCUCCUGUUCAAUAAACACAACCUGACUGACUGACUGACUGACUGACUGACUGACUGACUGACUGACUGACUGACUGACUGACUGACUGACUGACUGACUGACUGACUGACUGACUGACUGACUGACUGACUGACUGACUGACUGACUGACUGACUGACUGACUGACUGGGUCUGGGAGUUCUGUUUAGUCUUGGAUGAAUGUGAAGCCUGUUUUUAAUUUUUUUUCCUAAUUUCAUGUGUUCAGAAAUGUUUUCUCUUUUUAGAUAUCCUACUUUCACAUUAGUCUUUUUGCACUUUGAACAUGAAAGAAAUUUAUAAAUUACACAAUUAUGAUUGCAUCAUUGACGUGUUCACAUAAAGAAAGGUUGUGUAAAAAAAAAAGUUUUUU